AGUGAUUCACUAGAUUCCGAUUGGGUGCUUAGUACUCCGAAUAUUUUACAUACUUUUUGUUAAUUCUUGGAUAUAAUAAUAAUUUCAUGGUAACAUAGGCUAGAUUAUCAAAUGUAACGAUUAUAAAAGUCUUGAUUCUUUUAAAAGUAUGGAAUUUUUGGGUAAAUAGAGUAUGUCUGGAUUUGAUGAUUCGAAAUAUGAUCGAAUAAACGAGUCCAAUAGGAAAUUUAAGGAGGGUAAUAUGGAUUGCUAUAAAGUAAAACCUUCACAUAGCUUUGACCUUCAAGAUAUUCAAGAUUGCGCAGGCGGUAAUAAAUUACGGAGCUUCAACGGAUCCUUAAAAUCAGACUCUGGUAAAAAGAGAAGGAAAUUAAGGAGUACCGACUCUAUCUAUAGGCAAAUUAAAGAGGAAUGUAAAAAUGAAGAAAAAGAUAUUGAUGUUAGACAAAGAGUAAUUAAGUGGUUUGUUGAGUCGGACAGGUCGGAAGAUGAUAUUGAAAGAUUGUCAAAUUUGACAUCUGAGAUCAAAGGUAGAAGGGAGUCUAAGAAUAGAGAAUUGGUUUGCAAGAGGGCCCCAAAGUUAAAAGGUCUUGCCGAACCAAUUCCUGUCGCGCCUCCUCGAAGGAAAAAAACUAAGCCUCAUAUAAUGAAUAAUAAUCAGGCAAACUCGUUAGAGAAGAACGCUAUUACGGAGAGUUUUGACGUCAGCAUUGACUUACCGGAUCCUAUUUUGAGUGAUGGAAUGGAGAGCAAUCGUCAAAGCUUCGAUUCUGAACUAUUGACUGAGGAUGCUUUGAGAAAAUUGUCUGAAGCCAUUGCAGCAGACGACGUCGACGACGAAACCUUUAACGAAGUUACAGAUUUACCAAAACCUCUAUUUACUGAAGAUGAUUCGUUUUCUCCUGAAAAUCCUAAGGAAAAUACUAUGAGGAAACCACCUACAAAACCAAAACCUUCUAAAAACAAAUCAACUGACUGCAAUGAAAUAGAAAAUAAUAAACAGGAUUCAGUUAAAAAACCCGUUAAUAAACCCCCUGUGAAACCAAAACCAUUAAUGAAAGCAAAGCAUGUUAGCGAAGAUGAAGACGACGUUAAAACACCAUCUUCAACGGAACGCUUUAAACUAAUUGUCCGAUCCCAUUCCGAAAACAGUUUGUUAAAAAUUGAUAAUAACUCAACCGAAAACGUAUCAAUUUUGAAAGAAACUACUCACAACAACAAAAACACUUCGGAAAAUAUUGCAGAAAGAUUUGAAGUAAUAGACCCUUAUAAACCAAAACUGUCUGCUAGCACAAAUUGUAAAAUUCCACGUGAAAAGCCUACUAUUAAACCUAAGCCUAAAAUAUUAAGUAAAGAUGUGAGGAUUACUCCGAAGAUAGCGGAUGAUUCAGCUUUUCAAAAAACAAAUAUGCAAAAAACCGAACAAAGCUCUACGGGAAGAGCAGAUUCACUUUUGAAAAGCGAUAUAUUUAAGAAAUUUCUCAAGAGUUCAGCGAUUCACGAACAAUUGGAAAAAUUAAUGACAAAGGAAGAGAUAAUUAAGACUAAACUUAAUAAGCCAGCGAAUGUGCCAAGUUUGGAUUUUAGUGAUCUUAAUUCAGAUUCAAACGAAAAGGAAAGAGAAAAUGAUGACAAAAGGCCAGCUACACCGAGACCUGUAAGCGUAUCUAAAAGUCUUGACUUAAAAGCAAAAAUUCAUAUUCCAACCUUUGAGGAAUUUAAAGAAAUGAGGAGAAAAGGAGAUAUUGAAAAGAAUAAAAAAUUGCAAACUUAUACCAUUGAAGAGGAUGACGAAAACGUGGAAACGCCUAGAUCUAAUAGGAAACCACCCCUGCCCCCUACAAUUAAUAGAAAAGGAAGUCGCAAGGACACCGCUGAAGACAGACCACCUCCUUUACCACCGAGAACUUACAAGGAACAGAUGUCUGACAAUCAUAUUUACGAAGUCAUCGGGGAUUUAGACAAGUCAGACAGUGAAAGCGAUGACUCAGCAUUUUGUGGUAGUGAUAAACGAUCCUUUGAGGAUAUGAAAAAAAUUAGUAGCUUAGAGAAUUUAGAACAGUACACCAAUAUUGAAAAGUUCCAUAUGAGUUCAAAGGCUGUUUCAAGAUCUACAAGUGACGUAUCAGAAAUGAAAGCUUUAGAGGAAAGGAAUAAAAAUAUAAGGGAAAAGAAAAAUAAAUCAAAUAAGAGCGAUCCUUUUUCCGAAUUACUCUAUUCUGAUACAGUCUCUAAGAAACCAGAUUUAAAUUCUGUUGAAGACUCUGAAGAUGGAGAUUCACCGGUGAAGAAAGGUCUAAACUACCUUCAAGAAACAGGUGAUGGAAAAUUGUGCAUUGCUAAUGAACAGAUACCUACAGCUCCGCCAAGAAGACGUCGUCCAUCGACUUCCUUCUUUUCAACAAUAAAGAGCUUUAGAAAUUCAUUUAAAAAAAGAAGACAUAGCUCAGGACAAUACUUUCCAAAUAAAAACUCAUUCGAAACUGUUAAUGAUGCGGCAAAUGCAAAUUUACAGGAAAAUUCCAUUUGUGAGAGAAAUAGAUCACAUAGUUUAAUCUCGUUAAAUAGUUCUAUACUACCUGAUAUUCUUGAACUUUCACCAUCUGUCUCUCUUGAUAUUAACCGAUCGUCUAUAGAUGAUAUGUGCAAAGAUUGUGGUAAUUCGGCAUCUAAUGAUAAUUGUGAUAGUUGUACUAGAAGAAUAAUGGAGAGAAAAGAAGCUAUUCUUGAGAUAUUAAAUACUGAGAAGAGCUUUGGCGAAAUAUUAACUAUAUUAAAUUGUGAAUUUAAAGUACCCCUUAAGAAAUCUCGUUUAUUAACCGAUGAACAAAUUAAUCUAAUCUUUAAUAAUCUAAAUCAAAUUAUCGAUAUAAACGAAAAAUUAACGAAAAAAAUAGAAUUUGCUGUCACGCAAGGCUUAGACGAAGGCGAUGAGAAUUUGAAAGAUGUUUGUAUUGGGAGUAUAUUUUCAAAGAAUUCUGCUCUCUUCCUAGCCUACGAUGCUUAUUGCAAUGGUGCGAGUCAGUCUGCAAUUCUCUUGGAACAACUGCAAAAUCAAAAAGUAUUACUAAAGGUAUUUCUGGCUGCAUUACAGGAUGAGAACGAGUCUACUAGACGAAUGUAUUUAAAGGAUUAUCUCAUUCAGCCUGUUCAAAGAAUAAUGAAAUAUCCUCUCUUACUGAAAAGGGUAGAAAAACGAACACCCUCCGAUCAUCCUGAUAAACUUCAUUUACAAGAAGCUUAUCGAAAGAUUGACCGUAUUUUAAAACAUAUUAAUUCGUCAUCAAAGGGAUCGAUCUCAUUAAGAAGAAAGUCAAAACAAUCCGAAGCUCUUAGGAAAAUGCUAACUGAAAUUCAAGACAUGGGAGAAUCGAAACGAUUCGAAGUUGUACUAGAUAGUCUUAAUACAACUGCACAACAGUGCCAUCUGGUAUAUUCAACUGCUCUUUCUCAAGCGUUUAUCCACGAAUCAGAUUGGAUUGAUAAAGUUGCAAAUAUCAAAUUUAUUAAAAUUUUUGGUUAUCUCAUUCAAAGGAACGAUGGUAAAUGUUUCCUGGUGUUAGUAAACGAAGAAAUUGGUAGAGAUGGAAUACAUACAUUGAUACGAGUAAGUAAGAUUUUCAUAAUAAAACGAUAGGGUAUGAUUGCGAAAAUGUUUAUUAGUCUGAACAGUAUCAUACGCCCGUCUAGGAUUAAAUGAAUCAUCAUUUUGAAAAUAUUUAUCUGUUCUCCAAUUGUGUUUAUUGUUAAAAGUAGAAGCAUGUGCUUUUGAUAUAUAUUUCUAAACGUGUUGUUUUAGAUAUAGAAUGUCAAAUGUAUAAUAUACAGUUAUAUAUAUACACUGAAUUUAUAGUUUUUAGGCAUUCUUAAUUGGUAAUUGCAUGUUAUAUAACUAUAAAUACCUAAAAAAAAUAGCUUCAUCUAUUUAUACAUUUUGCAGUCUCCCAUUGAUAUGGAAAGAUUAGUUGUAACAGAAAUAAAUAACUAUGUUGAAAUACAAGACGUCACCGAAAAUGAAACAAUCGCCUUUAAAGCAUUACAAAAAGAAGACACUGAAAACUGGUUAAGAUUUUUAAGAGAAAAAUCAUUAAACGUUGGUAAAUGGAGAGGAAGAAGAGGAGCUAUAAUGAAAUUAUAUUUUGAUUAAUUGAAGAAUCUCCUCGAAAAUCUAUUAUUUUCUUUUAAAAACGUUAAAAAUAAGCUUCAGUGCCAUGAAAAAUUCAGAAACAUUUACCGUCCAACCUGCUUUAGAGAUUGGUGCUAACUAGAAAAGAGAAUAAAUUGUAAAGGUAGAUGAAAUAAGAAGGAUUGAUGUAUAUAAAUUACCAUUUCUAGUCACGCCACAAAAGUUAUAUAAUGAUGAAACUGAAAGGUAGAUAAUUAAAACAUCCUUUUGAAGUUAAAAAAAAAUGUAUCAUUAUAUCUUCUUUUUUUCCCCCCAACUUUUGUCAACUUAAAGAGUCUCUGUUAUACAUUUCUGUCUUUCUUUUUGUUAUUAUUAUACUAUAUUCUGUUUUUUCUGUUUUUGAUACAUAAAUUUUUAUAUGUUAAUAAAGAAAGUUCAAUGAAAGGUAAAUUGACUAGUACAUAUUUCGACACCUUAUUGCCUAAAUAGACAGCCAAGUGUUUUUGAUCCUUCAUCAAUCUACUCACAUUCCGAAUUAUGACCUUAACGUUAUUUUUUUUCCAAGUAUCUGGAUAUUAGUAAAAGUUCCCUAGAG